AUGCAUCAUCGGAAGCAGAAAAACACGAGUCAUGGGAACGUUGGAAAGUCGAUUGGAAGGAAGGAAAGUGGUAUCGAAGCGAUGGCCAGGUUACGGUAUGCUUUCAAAAUUUCGGGUUAACUUUGUGAAAAAUCGGGUUCAGAUACUUGAACAAAAAACCGCUAUGUCUUCAGUACAACGUUCAGAAUUCGUACUACGCAAAAAGGAAUGCUCAUUACAGUGUUAAAAGGAGAGAGCGUGAGUUCAAACUAGCAUAUGUUUUUUUAACAAUUUUUCCUAAACUUAAUUUUUUAUUCGAUCAUCAUCGCUCUAAAUUAACGCAUUGUUCAAAUCAAUUUUGGCAAAUUCCAAAUUGAUGCAUUUGUUUCUGGAAAUGUUAGAAAAAUUGGGCCCUACAAACGAUAUAUCGCGAUACGUGAUUUUUACGGUCUCUUUUACGUGCGACACUCCAUAUUUUGAGACUUCAGUUACAGAAAAUCCGAACACGCGUAAAAAAAAACUAUCGUUAUCUUUUUAAGGAGCAAUUUUUCAAAAGGCACUCGGAAUUCCAAUUUUUGCGAAAUAUUUUCAAUGAUAUUUCUCUUCACAGAAUCCUUCAUCGUUGUGAUAUUCUACGGUAUUUGCAAACUAGUCCAAUGGGCCGUGGCGACGGCUCAAAAAGCGGCCGUCGACUUCCUGACCAAACCGGCACAUGAACUUUUUCCAUUCGUACCGGAGGACGGGUAAACUUUUCAUGAUUUACUGAAAAUCCAUAGCCUCGCUUUUUUUCUCUCUUUAAAGAAUAAAAAAAGUUCAUCCAUUUUCGAGCGGGUCCGAACUUUUGACCUUUAUGAUGAUUCUCAAGAGCCUUAACCACUCUAUCAACUUGCAGGGAAACAUCAGAAGGUUCUCUCCCUACUGAAUCUGCGCAAAUUACGAAGAAGAAGCUGAAAAGGAGCAACGCGAUGCGGAGAGACGUCGCAAGGAUGCUGCAGCUCCACGGCCGCUCAAGUUUUGGGUACUGA